CGGGAAGACAUGCGACGACUCGUCGACCAGACUAUCAAACAUUUCGGUAAACUUGAUAUUCUCGUCAAUAACGCCGGCGCCGGGAUUGCGGCCCCAUUUCAGAACAAAGACUAUUACGAAAAGUUUGAGAGAGUUAUGGCUAUUAAUCUCAAUUCUGUCGUGUAUUUAACCCAUAUAUGUGUCGAGCAUUUGGAGAAAACUAAGGGAAACAUUAUUAAUAUCUCGAGUAUCGCUGCGAUGAGAGCUCUAGCUGGCUUUUCCCCAUACAAUAUGGCAAAAUGUGCCCUGGAUAUGUUUACUAAAUGUAUGGCUGCCGAACUGGGCCCCAAACGCAUCCGGGUUAAUGUUAUCAAUCCCGGACCCGUUCGCACCGAGUUCAUAAAAGCGAUGGGCACUCCCGACGAGUUGGCCAACAAAAUGAUGAACGCUUACGACAAGAUUGUGCCCGUGGGUCGGGUGGGAGAGUCCGAUGAUAUAGCCGACCAUAUACUAUACUUGGCCAGUGACCAUGCUGCGUUUGUCACCGGCUCUAAUCUGGUCUCGGAUGGCGGUGUGGUUGUGGCCAAUCUACUCAAUUCAGAUGCUGUGAAAGAUUUAUUGUAGAGUUGACCACAUAUGUUUUUUAUGACA